CUCACCGCCGCCGGAUUAAAGCUCCUGCUGCAGCGAUAUCACGCCAAGACAUGAGCUUCUCCCGCUGAGUGUUAUUGAUGCUGAACUGAGUGGUCCAGUGCUGCUGUCCUCCAGUAUUUCCCUUCCCUCAGUUAUCUGUUCCUCUGUCUGUCACCAGCUUUGUGAGCAGCCAUGACGAAAUCCUACGUGUUCAACUGGCAGAAGCACCUGCCUGAGUUCAUGCAGGAAGGCACCUCCUUCGACAGGUUUGAUGAGGACCCGUACUUCUUUGAGCCCAGUUGUCAGAUGAGAGUGGACGAGUUUGGCUUUUUCAUCACCUGGAAGAGCGAGGGAAAGGAAGGCCAGGUGCUCGAGUGUUCGCUCAUCAACAGUAUCAGAGUCGGUGCCGUCCCGAAGGACCCGAAGAUCUUGACGUCUUUCGAGGCCAUUGGAAAGACGGAGGCCGACCUGGAGGGAUGCAUCAUCUGCAUCUGCAGCGGCACAGACCUGGUCAACCUGAACUUCAUGUUCAUGGUGGCAGAGAGCCCAGACACAGCCAGGAAGUGGAUCGAGGGUUUGAGGUCUGUGAUUCACAACUUUAAGGCCAACAACGUCUGUCCAAUGACCUGCCUCAAGAAACAUUGGAUGAGAAUGUGCUUCCUGACCAACGUGAAUGGGAAGAUUCCUGUGAGAGGCAUUACACGCACAUUCGCAUCGGGGAAGACGGAGAAAGGGAUUUUCCAGGCUCUGAAGGACCUGGGCCUUCCUAGUGGAAAGAACGAUGAGAUUGAACCAGUAGAUUUCACCUAUGACAUUUUCUACGCGCUCACACAGAAGAUCUGCCCUCGCACCGACAUCGAAGAUCUCUUCAAGAAAAUCAAUGGGAGCAAAACUGAUUAUUUAACUGUAGAACAGUUAGUCAGCUUUCUGAAUGAAAACCAGCGCGACCCCCGGUUAAAUGAGAUUCUGUUCCCGUUCUAUGACCAUAAGCGAGCCAUGCAGAUCAUUGACAAAUACGAGCGAGAUGACGACCUGAAGAAGAAAGGUCAAAUGUCCUGUGACGGCUUCUGUCGGUACCUGAUGUCGGAUGAAAACGCUCCAGUUUUCUUGGACAAACUGGAGUUGUACCAGGAGAUGGACCAACCGCUGGCCCAUUACUUCAUCAGCUCCUCCCACAACACCUACCUGACGGGACGACAGUUUGGAGGGAAGUCCUCCGUGGAGAUGUAUCGCCAGGUUCUCCUGUCAGGAUGCAGGUGUGUAGAGCUGGACUGCUGGGAUGGGAAAGGAGAGGACCAGGAGCCAAUCAUCACUCAUGGAAAGGCCAUGUGCACAGACAUCUUGUUUAAGGAUGUUAUCCAAGCGAUCAAAGAUACUGCAUUUGUCACUUCGGAUAACCCAGUUAUUUUGUCCUUUGAAAAUCAUUGCUGUAAACCACAGCAGUACAAGAUGGCCAAAUAUUGUGAUGAGAUCUUUGGCGACUUCCUCCUCAAACUGCCUGUGGAGAACUAUCCGAUUGAAGCUGGGCGCCCCUUGCCCUCUCCGAACGAGCUCAAACGUAAAAUCCUCAUCAAAAACAAGCGCUUGAAACCUGAAGUGGAACAGAAGCAGCUGGAGGCCUUCAAGAAACACAUGGAGGCCGGAGAGACCAACACCCCAGCCAUCAUCAUGGGAGAGGAGAAUGAAGAAGAAACAGAGAACGGAGAAAAAGAUGCUGAGGAUAAAGAUUUGACUUUGAAUUCGGAGGCAACGAGUGAGAAAGUAGCAAACAGUGUCCCCCAGGGUAACGCUGUCAACACGAAGAAACCGGAGGAACGCAUCAACAGUAUUAAGAAGGGAGCCGAUGAUGAAGUGACGGAGAUGUCAGAAGCCACAGAAGCAACAGACGCCACAGACAUCUCUGAAGCGUCCGACCAAGACAACAACAAGAAGGUUGCAGAAGAACCAGAAGACUCUGAAGAGGCUCUUAUCGCUCAGUACAAGUAUGUAGGAGCCACCACCAACAUCCACCCAUAUCUCUCAGCCAUGGUCAACUACGCACAGCCGGUCAAGUUCCAGAGUUUCGAUGUGGCAGAGGAAAGAAACAUCCAUCAUAACAUGUCAUCUUUCAACGAGUCUGUCGGCCUGGGUUACCUGAAGACCAACGCCAUCGAGUUUGUCAACUACAACAAGCGUCAGAUGAGCCGUAUCUACCCCAAAGGGGGCCGGGUGGACUCCAGUAAUUACAUGCCUCAGAUCUUCUGGAACGCAGGCUGCCAGAUGGUCUCACUGAACUUCCAGACCCCAGACCUGGCCAUGCAGUUGAACCAGGGAAAGUACGAAUACAACGGCUCCUGCGGGUACCUCCUGAAGCCUGACUUCAUGCGGCGGUCAGACAGGAUGUUUGAUCCCUUCUCAGAGACACCAGUGGAUGGUGUCAUCGCUGCAACCUGCAGUGUACAGGUAUUCUCUGGUCAGUUCCUGUCCGACAAGAAGAUUGGCACGUAUGUUGAAGUGGACAUGUACGGGCUGCCGACAGACACCAUCAGGAAAGAGUUUCGCACACGCAUGGUGAUGAACAAUGGGCUGAACCCCGCCUACAACGAGGAGCCCUUCGUCUUCAGAAAGGUGAUCUUACCGGAUCUGGCGGUACUGCGCAUCGCCGUUUACGACGACAACAACAAGCUGAUUGGCCAGCGCAUCCUGCCUCUGGAUGGCCUGCAGGCCGGCUACCGCCACAUCUCUCUGAGGAACGAGGGCAACAAGCCCCUGUCGUUGCCGACCAUCUUCUGCCAAAUCAUCCUAAAGACCUACGUGCCCGACGGAUUCGGAGCAAUUGUGGAUGCUCUAUCAGACCCAAAGAAGUUUUUGACCAUAGCAGAGAAGAGAGCUGACCAGAUGAAAGCACUGGGGAUUGACACGAACGACAUAGCAGACGUUCCCAGUGGCAGCUCCAAGAACGACAAGAAGGGAAAGGGUAAAGGAGACACGGUGAAGACCAGUGUGACACCGCAGACCAGCUCAGACAUGGGCCAGUCCUCCAACAGCGCCCAGAAUAACUCAGCAGAAAGCAAGAAGGAUAAUACACUGGUGCCUAAUAUCAACAUUGAUGACUUAAAACAAAUGAAGACGUACCUUAAACUGAUUAAAAAGCAACAGAAGGAGCUGAGCACUUUAAAGAAGAAACACGUUAAGGAUCAAAAUAUAAUGCAGAAAGCCCACUGCAGUCAGAUGGAAAAGUUGGUCUCUCUGAAUGAUAAGGAAAAGACAAACCUGGAGAAACUGCUGGAGAAAGCCAUCAAGAAACGUGGGGAAAACAACUGCCAAGAGCUGAAGAAGGAGACAGAAGAUAAGAUCCAAACACUUGUCACUGAUCAUAAAGCCAAGGUGAAGAACAUCACAGCACAGCACACUAAAGAGUGGUCAGAUCUGAGCAGCAGUCACAGCAGCGAGGAGCAGGAGAUGAAGGACAGCCACGUCACACAACAGUGUGAACACCUCAAGAAACUCCUGACCACGGUCCAGGAGCAGCAGACCGUGCAGCUCAAACUCAUCCAUGAGCGGCAAAGCAAAGAGAUGCGGGCCAACCAGGCUAAGAUGUCCAUGGAAAACAGUAAAGCCAUCAGCCAGGACAAGACCAUCAAAAACAAGGCAGAGAGAGAGAGGAGAGUGCGAGAGUUAAACAGCAGCAACACCAAGAAGUUCCUGGAUGAGAGGAAGAGGCUGGCUAUGAAGCACCAGAAGGAGCUGGAGUCGCUAGAGAAAAACCAGAGAGAACAGUCGGAGAAACUUGAGAAGUUCAACGAGCAGCUUUUGAAAUCACACCAUGAACACAAACAGGUUCAAGGCCAAGGACAUGCAGCAGAUGGUGAAGCUGGAGGAGGAGAUGGACCGCAGGCCUGCCACGGUGGUGUGAGCGACUGAGACACAAACACACGCACACACGCAGGUGCAGAAACACUCCGCCGCUGACAGCCCUCUUACAACCCAGAGACAAAAACCCUGCCUGCAUCACCGUCUCUGUACUGUUCUGUCAUGCUCACAACACACAGGCAGUAGUUCUCUCCACCUCUUUUUUUCACUUGUAGUCUCUGACCUCCACCACCUCUCCCAACCCACUAAUUUUAUAACACUGAGCCAUUGGUGCUUAUCACUGGUUGACGGGGGUUCAACCACUUGAGGAAAAGUUACUUCAGAGCUGAAGCGACAGAGUCAGACGCAUCCCCUCCUCCAUUGUGUUUCUUCUUUAGGUUUUUUUUAAAUCUUACACUGUUCUCUGCAAUCUACAGCCACACAAACCCAUUCCCUCACGGGUCGGAUGAAGUGAGCAUCCAUUCCUUUUUUUUGUGUUUUAGCUUUUUUUAAAUCAGUACACUUUUAACUGCUCCAGAAACGGAUGAGGGGAGAAGAAUAUGUAUAAGAGUUGUCAUUACAGCACAAAUAAAUAAACUUUGUGAAAUACACUGUAUGCUACACACCAGUCCUGUCCUGAGCACUUUGUAUGUAAUAGGCCAUCAUAACAAUGUGGAAAAUGUAGCAGUACUAGAACUACUAGUUUUCUGUAUUUCAGUAAGAAUGUAUUUUUUAAAAGAAAUCACUGUAUGAAGGAGAAGCAAAACCUCUGUCAACUCAAUCCUACAAUGCAAGAUGUUUGACAUCACGGAAAAUGUAUUAUUGACUUUUUGUUGUUUGCCAAUGUCACAGCAGACUUAUUAUACAUUGUUGAGUCAGAAGACUACAAAGGGAUCACAAGGAAUAUCUAUAUAUAAAAUCACUUGGGUGAUUAUGGCUAGUUUUUUGCAGUUUUCAUCACAAGCACAAUCGAUGGUGUAACAGCUGUACUUCACAUGGCCUCACAAAUGACAAAGUCCAUUAUAUAUAUUUUUGAAUUGCCCAUGCUCAAUUUCAUAAAGCUGCAAAACCCUUUAAUGCAACAUUCUAUGCUCCAAGAAUGUGUCUAAAAUCCUGUAUACUAUGCACACAAAAAAAAAGAUUCCCUCAAAGUUUAAAGUGUACGAACACGAGGAAUUUCCAGUACUGGUAUAGAUAGGAGUAUUACUGUUAUAGUAACCAAAGGUUGGGACUUUGUUCGCCUUAAAUGUAAUGAUUCCAAAAUAGGACAAUGUCAAUAGUAGCAGUGGUGGAGGAAGUUACUUAAGUUUAAAUAAAUGGACAAAUGUGCUCAAGUAAGAAGAACCAUGUUAAAUGUACUUGAAUAAUAGUAAGUACUUACCGAGUAAAUCUAAGUCAGUCUAGUACAAACACGUGAAAGUGUACUUAACUAUUGUGAUGAAUUAAAGGUAUUUGUUACAUUCCACUACUGAUUAGUAGGUACAACACUAAUGGCAUGAUGAUGAUAAAAUCAACUAGACAUUUAUUAUUAAGCCCUUGUUUAAGUAAGACCUUGCAUUAACGGGUUUUGCACUCAAAAUUAAGUCAACGCUGUGAUACACUCAUAUCUAAAUGAAUCCAUACGGCAGCAAAUUAAUUCUGCUUUAAUGCUCGUCUUUAAUUGACUGGCCUCUCAACAUCAGACACGAACUUUGGCCAAUUGAAGCUGACGACAUCUCAUCCUGUCAGUUUCCCUCUCAUAAAGCCAUAGUUAAAGUGAAGUGCUCCCUUAAUAGCUUCUUGACUGCACCUUAUAAACCUCCGCUGGUAAUCCUCGUCGUAUCCCUGCUCGCCUUCGGUCAGGGCAGAUCAGACGCAGUAAUUAUAACAGAUCUGUAACAAAGCCUGAGACAUGGCUGCUACACAAUCCACACUGGGGAUUUACACUCCCAAAAUGGUUCCCACUCAAAUAAAAGUUUAGUGGCUCUGCAGAAGAGUGUUGCUGCUGAGAAAAAGCAACUGCAGAGGGAGAGAUGUGGAAACAUAAAGUUAUUCUGUGGGUACUGUACUUUAGUGCACAUACAAUCAGGUAAUUACACUGCAAUGGCAAACACAAACAAAGACCAAUCACAAUGACUAAGCGAGUCGUGAUAUUGAUAUGAAAAAAGGAAAAACAUGAGGAUAAAAGCACCUUGAGGUAUUUUGGCCUUUUUAAAGAUUUUCUUUUCUGCUGUUUCAUUCUGCUGUAAUUCACUUCAAGGGUAGAUGGGAUGUUCUUGUAUAUACUGGAAUGUGUGUAGUUAUAAUUUACUUUUUGACCAGUUAUGUUCUGUCAUUUAAGGGCUCCGGACAGAGUUGGCGCGCUGUGGGAUGUUUGGGGGACAUUUUUCAAUCACUUGGUUUUUUUUCUCGUUUUGUUUUUUCCAGUCUGCCCUUAAUGCACCACACGACACAGUAUAAAACUCUCACCACAUAUCUAGUGCAGAGAUAAACGAGUAAAAAGUGCUUUUAAAAUCUUAUUCCAUCUCUUUCAAAUGUGCCACUCAGUGUCUGUUAGGACGUUUAAAUUAUUUUAUGAAUGAUAAAAUGCCAAA